AUGGCAUUAGUUUUAGAAGAUCGUCUAAGAACUGAAAUGGUGAUCCCAGUUUCUAAGGAGACAUUCUUCAAUACUAAUUGGCAGCCGACUAAGCCACCGUUAUGCGCCUACGAUAUGCUCUACCAUCCACCAGACUACAAUCCUAAGUCCGCUAGAUCUGACCGUCAGGAACCGAAGAUCAUUAGAAGAAACAUUUGGAACCAAGAAUUACAUAAAGGAAUAUCCUCGACAACUCACUUUCGCCUUGGAAGACCUAAACGGAAGCCCUUUGAUUUGCCAACAAAGGAAUUUGUACGGACACAAGUUAAAAAUGAAAACCCUCAUAUGCGCAUAUACAAUGUUCUGGAAUGGGCCGUACUUCUCAGUGAUGGAAAACCAAGUUUGUGCGAUUGAGGCUCACGCUUUAUUCAAGAAGACUUCCAUCAAUCAAGAGCCAUAAUAUGGAAAAAUACGUUCCCAACAUUUGUGUCAAUAUUUUACUUACAUACAAAACAUAUUGUUAAAGUGAAAUUAUUUUCAUAUUAGCUAUUAUUCUAAUACCAUUUAUUCUUCCAAAUACAAUAUUUUAUAACUUGACUGCAUAUGACUUCGUCUGCUUGAUCAGCUUUCUUC